GAUACUAUUUAUCCAAAUCCUCUUUUCUCUUGCACAAUUCUAAACAACAAAUUCUCUUUCCCCUCUACGUCGUUACCCGCUGAAGCUGUACAAGCUCCAAUUGUUAUCAACAUACUUUUUCCACGGAUCCUUUCAACUUAGAAAUGCUCUCUCUACCCACCACCGCCCUUUGCCCGAGAAGGUGUGAACGGUUCUAUAUGUAAUCACAGCACGGAAUUGGACAGGUUAAUUAUUAUCUUAGCUUUCGGCGGAGAACUUGGUCGGUUCAACUUGCUGCUAAAAUGCGAUCUGAGCCGCAAAUAGAAUAGGCACAGCCGCGACCAAUGAUUUAAUCCUAUUGCGAUAUUCAGGGCCAGGUUGCUCCGCCGUCAUUUUGAAAAAUACUUCAACUGGUGACCUACACAGACCAGUUAGUUUGUUUUUCUUCUUUCUUUCUUUUACUUUUGUGUUGAGAUAUUUACUCUGUGUUUCUACUUCGUGUCUGAGAGUUCUUUUGGAGUGUAUUGGAUUUAUUCAUGAAAUAGGAGUUAUUUUGAAAUGGUGGGAGUUAUAAUGGCGAACGUAAAUUUGAGCAUCCCUAAUUGUGAAAGAUAUGGAUUUCCGACACUGCAUUGUACCCAUAAUUCCCAUACUUCUUUUUGGGUUUCAUUCUUUCCUAGUUCAGUUUCUGGAGGUGGAACUGACUUAAAUUUUAGUGACGCGAAGAAUAGAGUUUUGAGACAUAGGAUACAUAAAUGUGGAUCAAUUAAGGCUUUGUCGAAUGGAGAAUCUGAUAUUUCAUUGCCAAAUGGGAAUCUCCUCGAACAUGAUUUUCAAUUUAAGCCAUCGUUCGAUGAAUAUGUGAAGGUCAUGGAGACUGUUAGAACUAGAAGGUAUAAGAGGCAGUUGGAUUAUCCUAAUAAACUGACAAUGAAGGAAAAUUGUAGUGCAAAGAGUGCUGAGAGCACUUCCAUUUCUAAGAUAGAUAAUGGAAAAAACAAAGUAACUGAUGUUCAACAUAAUGUGGAAGUAAAGAACAUGUUUAAACGGGUCGAUAAAAAAGACUUGUUCAAUAAUACAGAGAGAAUUGCUCGUGAAAAGCAUUUGUCAGGAAAUAAAUUUGAUAGAAGUAAGGGAGUCACAAGAUCAAAUGAUAAGGUUAAAGGCAAGAUGACCCCAUUUGGCUCACUGGUUAAUGAUAAACAACAUGAAGAGAAAAAGAACGGAAACUGGUCAAGUUACAUUGAGCCUAAAGUAACAAGAUCGAACUGUGAGAAACCAAUUCAUUUUAAGGCUAACGCAUUGGAGUUCAAAAAAGAAGGCAGCCGUGUCUCUUAUGGAAAUUCCAUGAAAACAUCGGAAAAGAUUUGGGCUUGGGGUGAAGAUGACGCUAAACCAGCUAAGGAUGUUCUUAAGGCUGGGAAAUAUGGCAUUCAGCUCGAAAGAAGCUACAGUCCUGGUGAUAAGGUUGGUAGAAAGAAAACUGAGCAGUCCUACAGAGGGACAUCCACAAGUGGUAAGCGGUUUCUUGAAUUUACUGAAGAGAAUAGCUUGGAGGUAGAACAUGCAGCCUUCAACAAUUUUGAUGCAUUAGACAUAAUGGACAAACCAAGAGUUUCAAAGAUGGAAAUGGAAGAGAGAAUCCAAAUGCUUUCUAAGAGAUUGAAUGGUGCAGACAUUGAUAUGCCUGAGUGGAUGUUCUCCCAAAUGAUGAGGGGUGCAAAGAUUAGAUAUUCAGAUCAUUCAAUAUUAAGGGUUAUUCAAGUGUUAGGUAAGCUAGGAAAUUGGAGGCGAGUGCUACAAGUCAUCGAAUGGCUUCAAAUGCGUGAACGGUUCAAGUCACAUAAGCCGAGAUUUAUAUACACCACUGCCCUUGAUGUACUUGGAAAAGCGAGGAGACCUGUGGAGGCACUCAAUGUGUUCCAUGCAAUGCAGGAACACUUUUCCUCAUAUCCUGACUUGGUAGCAUAUCAUAGUAUUGCUGUCACUCUUGGACAAGCAGGAUAUAUGAGGGAACUCUUUGAUGUGAUUGAUAGCAUGCGAUCUCCUCCAAAAAAGAAGUUUAAAACAGGGGCCCUUGAGAAGUGGGACCCACGGCUGCAACCUGAUAUCGUCAUCUAUAAUGCGGUUUUAAAUGCUUGUGUUAAACGAAAAAAUUUGGAAGGGGCAUUUUGGGUCUUGCAGGAAUUGAAGAAACAAGGUCUACAGCCUUCAACCUCAACAUAUGGAUUGGUCAUGGAGGUGAUGCUUGAAUGUGGCAAGUACAACUUAGUUCAUGAAUUCUUCAGAAAAGUGCAGAAAUCUUCCAUUCCUAAUGCUUUAACAUAUAAAGUUCUUGUCAAUACACUUUGGAAAGAAGGAAAAACAGAUGAGGCUGUGCUGGCCAUUGAGAACAUGGAAAUGCGAGGGGUAGUAGGGUCUGCAGCUCUUUAUUACGACUUUGCUCGUUGUCUUUGCAGUGCUGGUAGGUGCAAAGAGGCCCUGAUGCAGAUGGAGAAGAUAUGUAAAGUUGCUAAUAAGCCUCUUGUAGUAACGUACACCGGUUUGAUUCAAGCUUGUUUGGACUCAAAAGACUUGCAAAGUGCAGUCUAUGUUUUCAACCAAAUGAAGGCCUUUUGCUCACCCAAUCUUGUUACUUAUAAUAUAUUGUUGAAAGGUUACUUGGAACAUGGAAUGUUUGAAGAGGCUAGAGAGCUGCUUCAGAAUUUGUCAGAGCAAAGACAAAAUAUCAGCACUGUAUCUGACUACAGGGAUCGAGUAUUACCGGAUAUCUACAUGUUCAAUACCAUGCUAGAUGCAUCUUUUGCAGAAAAAAGAUGGGAUGACUUUAGCUAUUUCUAUAACCAGAUGUUUCUUUAUGGGUAUCAUUUCAAUCCAAAACGUCAUCUGAGGAUGAUAUUGGAGGCUGCUAGGGUUGGAAAGGAUGAGCUACUGGAAACAACAUGGAAGCACCUUGCUCAGGCUGACCGUACUCCACCACCACCGCUUCUCAAAGAAAGGUUUUGCAUGAAGGUGGCUAGAGGUGAUUACACCGAAGCGCUCCGUUGCAUUUCGAAUCACAAUAGUGGUGAUGCACAUCAUUUCUCUGAGUCGGCUUGGCUAAAUUUACUGAAAGAGAAAAGGUUUCCUAAAGAUACUGUUAUUGAGCUUAUUCAUAAGGUUGGCAUGGUUUUUGCUACAAAUGAAUCACCAAAUCCAGUGUUUAAGAAUCUGCUAUUGAGUUGUAAAGAAUUUUGCAGAACUAGAAUUAGUGUAGCUGACCAUAGACUUGAAGAAACUGUUCAUACAAAUGAAAUAUAAUCUGCUGCUAUCACACAUAUAUCUAUCCAUCUAUCAAUCUAUACAUAUAUAUUUAGCAUAA